GGUACUAUUGAUAAGGGGUAUCCAAAACGAAACAAUGGUUAUUCCUUCGAGAUAGGUGAAUCUGCAGUUAAGAAAAUAUUAGAACGUCAUCAUGUGACAGACUCUGUUCGCUUUGUGUCUGUUUGUAAAAAAGAUAGUCAAGAGAUUACUGAUGAUGACAGAAAGAUAUUACUGGAAACCUGUCGUAUCUCAAAAGAAAAGAAAAUCUUAAUCACUCAUGGUACAGAUACAAUGAUUGAAACAGCCAAAUAUCUGGCAGCUAUUCAUUGUGACAAAAUCAUUAUACUGACUGGUUCCUUCUUGCCUGAAACAUUUAAAGACUCAGAUGCAGAAUUUAAUAUCGGAUUUGCUUUAGGUGCCUUAAGGACUAUGAAAGAUGCAAAUACUUUGAUUGCAAUGAACUGUAGAAUAUUCCAUCAUGACAAUGUGUAUAAGGAUGAUGUUUCUGGUGAUUUUAAAGAAUUGGACAUGAAAAAAUGA